GGUGGGAGGAAGCCGCAAGUAUAAAUAGCUGCCCUGGCCAGAGCUCGGCCAAAACAGGGGUUUGCAGCUGCGGAGGCUCGGUGGUGGGCAGGCAUCCCGGCCCGGAGCCGCCGGGCGGAGCGCCGGGGUGGGGGGGCCCCUGACCCGACACCCCUCACCAUCGCCGCAUCUCCGGAUGCUCUCCCGGCCAGCCAUGCUGUUGGGCGGCCUCCUCCUCGCCGCGGCCGCCGUGACUGUGGCCCAGCGGAGGGGGCAGGAGGCGGCCGGGCGCCGCCGGGCGCACCGCGUCCAGCACGGCCAGUGCAGCUACACCUUCGUGCUGCCCGAGCCUGAACCCUGCCCACCCGAACCCGAGGCCUUCGGGGGCUCCAACAGCCUCCAGAGGGACUCGCCCGCUGCCGCUGCACUGAACCUAGGGGACUGGCCGGCCCAGCGAGUGCGACAGCUGGAGAAGGUGCUGCAGAACAACACGCAGUGGCUGCAGAAGCUAGAAAGGUACAUCCAGAUGAACUUGAGGUCAGAGCUGGCACAGGUCCAACAGCACAUGGUCCAGAACCAGACGGCCACCAUGCUGGAGCUAGGCACCAGCCUCUUGAACCAGACCACGGCCCAGACCCGCAAGCUGACUGAUGUGGAGGCUCAGGUCCUGAACCAGACGUCGCGCAUGGAGAUCCAGCUCCUGGAGACUUCGCUGUCCACCAACAAGCUGGAGAAACAGCUGCUACUGCAGGGUCACGAGCUGCACCGGCUGCAGGGCCGCAACAACGCGCUGGAGACGAGGGUGCAGGCCCUGGAGACGCAACAGCAGGCGGAGCUGGCUUCUCUCCGCGGCGAGAAGGAGCGGCUGCGGCGGCUGCUGGGCCGCCAGAGCGGCGCCCUCGCGGGCCUGGAGCGCAGCCUGCGCGCCGCCAGCAGCAACUCCAGCCUCCUGCAGCGCCAACAGCGCCAACUGCUGGAGUCCGUGCAGCGCCUGGUGCGCGUCGUGGCCCAGGGCCCGGCCUCCGUGAGGGCAGCUGAGCAGGUGUUCCAGGACUGUGCAGAGAUCCAACGCUUCGGGGCCAAUGCCAGUGGCGUCUACACCAUCCACGUGGCCAAUAUGACGGAGCCCAGGAAGGUGUUCUGUGACAUGGAGGCCAAUGGAGGCGGGUGGACUCUCAUCCAGCGCCGUGAGAAUGGCAGUGUGAAUUUCCAGCGCAACUGGAGAGAUUACAAACAGGGCUUCGGCGACCCGGCAGGGGAGCACUGGCUGGGCAAUGAGGUGAUGCACCAGCUCACCGGCCGGACAGCCUACUCCCUGCGUGUGGAGCUGCAAGACUGGGAAGGCAACGAGGCCUACGCUCAGUAUGAGCAUUUCCAGCUGGGCAGCGAGGGGCAGCUGUACAGGCUUUCUCUGAGCGGAUACAGCGGCUCAGCAGGGCGCCAGAGCAGCCUGGUCCUGCAAGGCACCAACUUCAGCACCCGUGAUGCAGACAAUGACAACUGCCUCUGCAAGUGUGCCCAGAUGCUGUCUGGAGGAUGGUGGUUUGAUGCCUGCGGCCUCUCAAAUCUCAAUGGUAUCUACUACGCGGCUCACCAUCACGUGCGCAAGCUCAACGGCAUCCGCUGGCACUACUUUCAAGGCCCCAGCUACUCGCUGCGGGCCACCCGCAUGAUGGUGCGUCCCGUGGGCGUCUAAUAAGCAGCGACACCCGGACGCUGGACCCACAGGAAGAGCCGGGACUCGGUAUUCCCUGAACGAGCUGGAUCCAAACACGGGACACAGUGCCAGGGUAUGGUCCUGGACACCCGGGCCCCCCCUGGGCCAGGCCUCCUUGCCUAGGAGUCCAGAGGAUCUGCUGCCUCCCUGUUCCCCUCAAGUUGUGACACGGUGGGUGGCGGCGGGGGCGGGGGGGAUCUGACUCUAUAGUAUCCCUCUUUCCUCUUCCCUUCUGUCUCCGGCAGAGGUCCCCUGCCAGCUUGAGGGUCACAAUACCCUGAAUGAGCGGAGAGCAAACUUAACUUAGGUCCUCAAAGAAAUAUACAAGCACAGUCCACUUCUCCCAGGCCCCAGCAUCUGAAGGCCAGACCUGGCCUCUCGGGGGCUUCAGAAGAUCUAAGGGGCAUUCCUUUACCGCCAGCAUGUCCUCGAAUAUGUUCCAGAGAGAAUAUCUCAGGCGCCCCUCAAAAAGUACCUGGGGUCAAGGGAGGGAGGGAAACACCCAGUUAAAUCAAUGUGAACAGGCAUUCUUAGCUGCAGGACCCGUCAGGGCCUUUAAUGUGGUCAUAUGCCUUUUGACUGCCUGUGAAGGAGUUAGAAUGGGCAGCUUUCUCCAAAUGUCCUUAUUUGAAAACAGGCCCUGUUGAUCGCAGAGCAUCUCUCGGGGCUGCGGAUGCCCUUGGGAAAAGUUGGUCAAACGUGACAGGAUGGAGACCCCGAGCUCCACCGCUGCACCCCCGCCUGCACCCACUCUUUCUGGCUACAAGAGCCACGGCAAUGGCCCCGAACAGCCCUUAAAAACAACCGGAAGCAGCUUUGGGUCAAAGAAGACACACUCCACCCCCGAAGAAGGGUCUAGAACGAAGUUCCCCAUCUGUGCUCUGGGCCGGGGUCCUGCCAGGCUCCGUCUGGUCCUUGAAAGCCAGAUUUCUGCCUGGAGGCUGCCCUCUCAGCACUCCCUGUCACCCUAGCUCACCUCAGCUCACGUUCAGGGGCUGUUGGGGACCGUCCACUCCGCCUUGAGCGGGACCCCAAUCUUCAGGUCCAGAUCCUUCCAGCCUCCAAGCUGAGACCCUAACCCUCUCCUCCCACCUGGUCCAACAGUGCUGCCACCCGCAGCUAGGGGGUGGCGGGAGGUUGGGGGUGGGGGGCAGAGCAAGCCUUCGCCUGGGUCCGGGAGACCAGGGGCUCCUCAUGAACUUCCUUCGGAGGACAGGGUCAGAG